AAUAGGCCCAAAUCUCCAUGUUCUGAACUAUUUCAUACAGUUCAAUCAAUAUUUCAUCACACAGGAUUAGCAUAACUUGUGACAGUGUGACCGAUACACUUUUAUUUAAAUUAACAAUCAUUUUAUAUGUGAAACGUAUAAAACAUAAUCUACACAGGAACAGUUGUUGUGCUUUUUGUUAAGGGAAACAUUUAAUCGUUUACAUUUUGAUACAAUUGUGUAAUGUUGAACAAUCUGAUAAUAGGUUUUACCAUUUAAGAGUUUUCUGAGCUCAGUCUUUCAUCUACCUAAUUAAUAGAUGAUUUAUCUUGGUUUUGAUAUCAUUUACAUUUUCAUGUUUUUUACAUGUCAUUUACAUUUUCUUAAUUAAAAGAAACCAUUUAGGCUUUAAGAGUACUCUUAAGGACAAAGUGUGGUCCACAGCGCCACCCUGCGGCCGUCGCUACGUAUUACAACCCGCCACAAGGUUUCCGGUGUUAUGGCGACCACCGGCAACACCAUCGCUUCAGUUUGGAGAAUUGCCGGCUAUGCAUUCAGGUACUGAAACCUCCUUACACUCAAACUGAAACUAACCAAAUUCAAGCGACCACUGAUGGACAGAUAUGUGCACGUCACACGUUUUUUACACCGUGGAAAUGUUGCACAUGUCCUUGCUCUUGUUCUUUUGCAGCCAAAUCUGUAACUUAAAUUAACGUGAAGGGGUCUUGGCUUUGUAAAGAACUAACGCCAACGUGACAUGUUAGCCGCUACAUAAAUACUUAAGACUUUAUACCCCCUGAUAAAGAACAGGAGUAAGUAAUGCGUUAUUAUCCCGGCAUAUCAAGUCUUAUCUCACAUGCCUAUCAAGUCCCCGACUCGUCCUGGCGGGUUGCGUGAACGUUAUCUCAAAGCUGAGUUAACUAACUGUUAAUUGACGCUAGCUUAAAGUUUGAUACUAGCAUAUUUUAGCUCAUUAGCUGGCCAAAGUCAUGUUGACUUCUUUGAGAGCCGACGCGCGACAAAGAUAUGGGAGGAUAUAACAAGUUAACAUUUAGGGGGACAAAAAAACCUCGACAGUAACUGUAAACCUUAGAUAAUUAGGCACAAGAAGACUCUCGGCAGCCUCGUGUUUUUAACGGUUUUCACAUGUAACGUUAGCUUUACUCCUGAAGUAUCUUAUAGAGCCGUUUUAUCAAAGCAGCCGUUAUAUUAAAGCAGCCGUUAUGUCAAAGCAGCCGUUAUGUCAAAGCAGCAGUUAUAUUAAAGCAGCCGUUAUGUCAAAGCAGCCGUUAUGUCAAAGCAGCCGUUAUAUUAAAGCAGCCGUUAUGUCAAAGCAGCCGUUAUAUUAAAGCAGCCAUUAUGUCAAAGCAGCCGUUAUAUUAAAGCAGCCGUUAUGUCAAAGCGGCACCAUUGUUUCAGACAUUACGCCCGUAGCAAAGAAUGUUUUAACUGUUACUUAACCCUUAUUAGUAACUAAUACUUGUAAGUAACUCAUUGAGAACAUGUGUACUUAAUGACUGGUGAUUAUAUAACUACCUGUCGUUAGCAAGCCCACUGUUUAGAGGGUGUUAUAAACGUUUUAAGUUAUACACAGCAACGCCACUCCUUCUCAGCUCCUUUUAGAUGUGCAACGAUUUAUGAGCCCUUGUUAUAAAAACACAUCCAGUGUGGUUAGUGCAAUAACAUUAAUCACUGUAAUAUUAUUUUAUUUCGUGGUGUGAAGAAUGUAACUGGCUUUGGGCUGUGUAAGCACGAUGCAAACUCCAGACUUAAAUUACAUGGAUCAUGGAAAUAUAGUAAUACUUUAGGUCCCAUUGUUCCCAGCCAGCAGUUCUCAUUUGUUCCUUCAGUCUCAGUUUAUGAUUGCUCAGACAACAGUCGGAAAAAGGUCAGUAAUACAUCCUGCAACAGGACCUCUCCUCAUGAGGCGCUCAGAUCCCCUAGAGCUACUUUCCCCACACACUUUGCUUGUGGCCAAAUGCUUGUAAACUGCAGUGUCUCGCUUUCAAGCAAGAUUACAGAGUGCAAGUCUGAGUCUGUGUCCGUGUCUCUCUGUCUCGCCACUUCUUCUUCUCUCUUUUUUUUUUACUCCUCAGAGGGCUGUGAAGAGAAGCAGCUAUUUCCCAUGUCUGUGUAAUUCUGACUAUGCUGCUCUUGGUAGCGCUGGGCAUCAUUUCUUCUUUCGCUGUGGUCACCACUGAGAAGGCUGAGAACAUCAACCACAAGCCACCAGCACCACUGCUCAACCACAGCAGGAUCUCCCUGCCGCCGGAGCACGUACCCUACUUCCUCUACAACAACGAGAGGGUCGCCAAGCAAUGCCGCCUGGACCCGCUCUGCCCUUUUAAAGAUGCACUGCAGGAUCUGCCUGCCUGUUGGGGCUACGAGAACAACUGUGAUCCAGGGAAGCGCUUCAGCUAUCCAGUCUGUACCAAAGCUGACUCCGCAUGGGCCCGUUCUCUGGAGGCAGCCCAGGAGCUUUUCUGGAAGCAGGCUGAUUUUGGCUACGUCAAGGAGCGCCUCUCUGAGCUCAAAACACUCUGCAAGGCCAGCAAGCCAGGGGACUCAUCGUUAAGAUGUAGCAGCCACACUCGCUUCUGUAAGGCAACCAACCUCUACCUGGACCUCCGGAAGCCGCGCAGAAGUCAUGAGCGAUACAGGGAGGACUUCAUUCAGACGGGUGAGAUCGGUGGUUGUUGCCGACUGAACAAACGAUCACUUGCUGCCGAGGGAGAGCACAAGAGCCCCUUGCAAUCUUGGUAUGCUGAGCUGCAGACAUACACAGAGCUGGACUUUCAUCCCAUACAGGAUGGACACUGUGACGUUGUCAUUGAAAAGCCCUCUGUCUUCAUGAAACUGGAUGCUGGGGUGAACAUGUACCACCAUUUCUGUGACUUUGUCAACCUCUACAUUUCCCAGCACAUAAACAACUCCUUCAGCUCAGACAUCAACAUCAUCAUGUGGGACACGAGUUUUUAUGGUUAUGGUGAUCUGUUCAGUGAAACAUGGAGGGCCUUCUCGGAAGAUGACAUCAUCCACUUGAAGACCUAUGACUCGAAAAGAGUGUGUUUUAAAGAUGCCUUCUUCUCCCUCCUCCCGAGGAUGAGAUACGGCCUCUUUUACAACACGCCUCUUAUCUCAGACUGCUACAGUGAAGGGAUGUUUAGGGCGUUCUCCCAGCAUGUCCUUCAUCGACUGAACAUCCCGCGAGACGCUCCAAAGGAGGGGCGUGUUCGUGUCACCCUGCUGGCACGCAGCACAGAAUACAGAAGGAUAUUAAACCAAGUGGAACUGGUAAAUGCCCUCAAGACUGUGCCUUUACUGGAGGUCAACGUGGUGGACUACAAAUACAAGGAUGUUCCCUUCCUGGUGCAGUUGAGGAUCACCAGCAACUCUGACAUCUUUAUCGGGAUGCACGGGGCGGGUCUCACGCACCUCCUCUUCCUCCCUGACUGGGCUGUAAUCUUUGAGCUAUAUAAUUGUCAGGAUGAGAGCUGCUAUCGAGAUUUGGCUCGGCUUCGGGGCAUUCGAUACGUGACUUGGCAGAAAAUGGACAAAGUGCACCCACAGGACAAGGGUCACCAUCCAACCCUCGGGGACCAUCCGAAGUUUACCAACUACUCCUUUGAUGUGGGGGAGUUCAUGCGCCUUGUGCUGGAGGCAGCUGAGUACGUCACACACCAUCCCAAAUGGCAGCGUCGUACCCUUCAUGAUGAACUCUAGAGUCUCUGUGAGUGUGGGACACAGACAUCCGGACGCUGAAGAACUUUUAACACCAACCCGCUCGUUUGUUGUGAUCUAAAGCGCUCUUCACAUUGGCAGAGUCAUUUUAUACGAUUGUUUUUUAAAAGUUACAUCAUCCGUCAGUGGUCUGGUAGAGUAUUUGUCACCUCCUGUCCGCUGCUUUGAUAGGUCUGGAUGAGUGAAAAGUAAUACUCAGGGUUGAACAGCCUCCACCACCAGCUCUUAUUAGUGUCAAAUCAGUUAAAAGGCGAGGCGUGUGCAGUCGCAGCAUCUGGAGAGCGAUACGAUGUGUCCUAUGUUUCUUCAUUACCGCUGCUGCGUCUACUUCAUUCCACGCCGACAAAGUUAGCUAAUGAGCAGCUGUUACGGCAUCCCUUCACACGCGACAUCUUGUCACAUUUCAUCAGUGUCACCUUGACGCCAGCCUCCUCAGAGCUGUCGACAAGAGUUUCUGAGCACAUCCAGCACACUCCAGUCCAAUAUGAUGUGCAGUAUUCACAUGCUGGAUUCACGCUUACAGGUUUUUUUGCAUUUAGUUUGACAUAUGAAUUUAAGUUUUUGCUCAUCGAAAUAGUUUUAAAAGUGAGAGACAGAAGGUAACUGAGACACUCCUCCUGCCAAGAGGGAUUUCUUUUAUAUCAGUAUUAGUGUUUGUACAACACAUUGACAGUAAGCACUGUGGAACAAACAUUCAAGUAUUUGUCAGUAAAAUUCAACACUCCACUUAAAAAUAAUGUUGCUUUUGUCAGCUAAAUUUAAAAAAACAUCUGGUGGACUUUUUAAAUCGACCUUUUAUUUGUGUGUCUGUCUUUACAGUUGACAUGGUGUUCUUUUACAGUCGUAACAUUCAUUAUUUAAACGUUUCUGUGUUUGUUGGUGUGAUGCAUUGUCAGUAUGGUCAAAUGAUGAGGGUGCUGCUGGUGACAUUACCUUUUCUAAACUCUGGAAUGCUGUUUUGUAUUUUUAGGUAAAUUUGACUAAGAUGGAAUGAGCACAAUCUGCAUGCGGCUGAUGCAAUGCACAGGAGUAUUUUGAGCGAUCAGAUGACUUUCGUGUUACCAGGUGAUGUUUUAUUUAUCGAUGAAACCGAGUUAAACUCGGUCAGAACUUUUUAGUCGGGGCUGUGCUUGAACUUGUAGGCGAUUUCAUAUUUCA